CCUUAAAUAGGAAAAAAAACAUCGUAUUCUACGAAUCAAAAACGUGUAAUACACGCUUUCACAUUAAAUGCAAACUAAAUACAAAAGGGAUAAAAUCAUAAUUGAAUCUAGACCCCCAAGUUGGAGGGGUAAUUAAAGUAAAUAAACAAAGGCACGUGCUAGUCUAAUGACGGUUAUAACCCUAUCACGUGGUAGUCAACUCGCUUUACAGAUAUUACGAGAGUAAGGUCCCACAAUCUUACUUGCCAUUACCCUCUCUCUCCAUAGUUAGUAGUAGUUGUGAGCGCGUCAACUCCACUUUCUAAGGCGCGUGAAUAACGAAACCCCUCUCCCCCACCACCACCACCACCACUACUACUACUUCUUCCUUCUACAAAUACCUCAAGAGUCUCUUUCCCUCGUCUUCUAGUGUUUUUUAUUUUCUGUUAUUUUCGCCUGAGACUGGGUCCCUGAGAAUUUCACAAAUCUCAUUAUUGAAACUUAACAAAACAGCAACCUCCGUUAUUAAAGUUCCCUCCUCCUCGAUUUCCGUGGAAAAUCACACUUUUAACCAUGGAACCUAGUAGCGUAAUCGACGAUGCUGAGUUUUGGCUUCCGCCGGAGUUUCUCACUGACGAUGAUUUUCUCGUUGAGAAGGAGAAUAACGGUGUUGGAAUCGAUGACUCCUUGUUCCCGUACGAGCCUCGUCAUGGAUUUGGCUCUACCGUUAAGCCUAAAACGGUGAAGAAAGACGACGAGGAGAGUUUCUUAGCCGGAUUGACUCAGCAGAUGGUUAAGUCUUCUCUAGAAGAUGAUUUCUCCGGUGGAUUUUGUGGUAAUCACGCUUUUCCGGCCGGUAACGAUAACAAGGCGUGGGGAAUGAAUCGUCCGUCUCUGUGUGUCGCCGGAACUGGCUGUUGUUGCCGAAAUCAGCGAUUGAACCAGAACUCCAAUUCGCGAGUUUCUUCAUGGGAUCUGUACUGUGCCGCGGAGAGGAUGAGUAUCAACGACGAACCGUACCAUACUGGCAGAGGACUUCUCAGUCCUCCCACAAAACAUUCCUCCGUCGCCGCCGCCGUCGAAAACCACUCCAACAACGGCACCGGUUACUACAACAACCAUCAAUCUCUCCAAUACCAGAAGCUACAAGCUAUCCAGUAUCAGCAGCUAAAGCAGCAACAGUUAAUGAAACAUCAUCGCCAAUUGGUGCAUCAGAGCAGAGGAGUAAUAGUUAAUGGCAACAAAAAUGUUGGUCCUGUGGAUUUGUCGUCUUCUGCAUGGUCUAAUCAGCUUCCGAGGCGUGAAGUUAUGAGAGCUGUAUUCAUCGGAGACCAUACCGGAAAACGUGGCUCAACAGGAACCGGCGUCUUCUUACCUCGAAGCGUUAACCAUGCUUCAAGAACUGAGACUCGCGAGAAGCCCACUAUAUCGACAGUUUUGGUUCCGGCUAGAUUGGCUCAAGUCCUGAAUUUGAACCUAGGCGAACCGGUCCGGUCUUCGACAAAUCUCAACGAUAUGUCGUGGAGACAGAGGAGCAACAAUGGUGGGUUCUCGAGCCAGAUGCACGGUGGCGUGAGGGCAGAGCAGUCAGUGCAAGAGCCUCGGUUACCUUCUGAGUGGGCUUAUUGACUGAUUUUGGUGUUCGUAAACUUUGGAUGUGUUUAGGGUGAAGAUUUUACGGGUUUGAUGAAAGAAGAAGAUUAGGAUUUGAUGAUAGGUAGUGAAAUAGUGGAAAAAACGUUAGGGUUUAUAUAGAUAGUGGAAUAUUUGGAAGAAGAAUAAAGAAAGUUGCAAGUGUGGAGAGGACGAGGUUUUGGAUCGUUUAACCACCCAUUGAUGGCUGAUAGAUGAAGAAAAGAGAGCUUUGAGAGAGAGAGAGACAGUGGUGACAUUUUUUUGGGUUUUCUUUUUUUACUUGGAAAUUAAAUGUCAGCCUGUCACCGGGCUGUUCCUUUAGUGUAAUCCCUCUCUCCCUCUCUUUUUGUUCUCGCAACUCUUAAGCAAUGGAGAGAGAAUUAAAUAAAUUAGUAAAAGAAAAGUUAGUUAUAUAA